AUGAAAGAAUUGAACCGAAUACGACGGUCGAGUUUCGGCGGUUCCGCGAGCAGUUUGGCCCGUCGCAGCUCCAUUUCUCAAAAGGAUAUUAUCGCGUUGCAGGAGACGUUACAGGUUACUUUUGAAAUUUCUGUAUAAUUUCGAGCUUACGCAACUGAAUAAAGCGCGACGUUUUGGAGCGAAAUUCAAAUUUUUAAAGAGCGAAAUUUGCGCUGUAAUUGUAAGCUCUGGAGACUGUGCAUUGUCGAAAACUAUUGUAAAUGUUGCAGAAACAACAAAAAGUGUCGGCACAAGUGGUGCUUGUCCUUUUCCUGGUCGUCCCACCGGCCACCUUCCUCAUUUUCUACUCGAUUUCGAUGCAUUCCGGCCUAUUCGUGCCCGUAAGUGAUACGAUAUCGCCAAGUGCGCCAGCAUGUUCGUUGUUGCUGACGCGUUUCUUGCAGACAAUCACCGCCCUCUUCUUCCGGUUUCCGUUCGUUUUGCAGUGCGUUCCGCCCGUCUGGGACACUGCCGCGUGGAAGUUUUCGAUUGUGCACUGUGCGAUUCAACUCAUCUUCUAUUGGGUUCUACCACACGAUCAGGCACUUUUUAUGAGCUCCGCAGGUUAGAAUAUGGAUAAAGCAUAGAUAAACGUUUCAUUUUUUAGGCGAUCAAAUGCGAGAAAUAAAUAGUUUUUUCUCGUGCGUCCUCACGUGUCUUUUGUACGUUUUGGGCGCGAGUGCGGGCAUUUAUCGCGGCGAUUUCGUCUACAUUCACUUCAAUUCCAUCGUUUUGAUUUUUUCGAUUUUCGCCGUUCUCGUCACCGCCUAUCUGGUGUUGUCCUAUCAUUUUGGCACCGGAAAUAAUGGUAAGCACUUUCCCCAACUUUGACACCCUGUAAUUCGGUAAAUAUUGAGAAUUUUUCAAAAGUUAAAAAACGAUUGGAUACAUAAUUCCAAGCUCUACAACUUUGUAAUUUAUCAUUUUUCAUAAUAUCGACUACCCGCUCCGCUAUUAUCGUUUUCCUUAAGUGCGCCACGUUCAAUGAGUGUGCUCUUUGGGAAAACGAUAAUAGCGGAGCCAGCAGGCAAUAUUACGAAAAACAAUGUGUUACAAAGUUGUAGAGCUUGAAAUUUUCUAUCCAAAUAUGUUUUUAACCUUCAAAACAUCUUCAAAAUUGAGCGAAUUACGGGGUUUCAAACAAUGCUUUGUUUUCAGUGACCACAAUAAGCGAGCUGUGGUUCGGAAUCGAAGCGCAUCCGAAAGUGUUGGAUAUCGAUUUGAAAAGUUUCAUUCGAACACGUUUCACUUUUGUCAUCUGGCCACUUUACAUCAUUUCCGCGCUUUAUUUUCAUAAAAUCACCUACGGACACGUUUCCAGUCAGUUUUUUUUCUGAAGUUCCAUGAAAAGGGGCGAAGUUAGGCCCAAAAAACCGUGUUUUCCCGUCUUUUGAUCCAAAAUCGCUUGCAGACAGUUUAUUCUGCGCCUCCGUUGUCCAACUCCUCUACAUUUCGCAAUUCCACUGGAACGAGGAUCUCUACUUAAACUCGCUCGAUUCGAAACGAUGCGACUGUGGUUUCUACCGUCUCUGGGCGGAUUUCGUGCUGGGACCCGUCAUUUACACGUCCCCGAUCACGGUCCUCGCCGCUUCCAACCGAUCGGUCGGCCUCAUUUCCAACUGCAUUUUCACACUGGUCGCCGUGAUUUCCAUCAUUUUCACUGCGAAAUGCGAUCGGCAAAAAUAUGAGUUCCGGAAAUCGAAAGGCGAUCUGAAAAUGGGCGGAGUCGACGCCUUCUUCAUCAGCGCAAAAUAUCGCACGGACUCGGGCGACUCGAAUGUCAAUUUACUUCUUGGUGAGACCAAAAUUUUCUAUAGUUUCUGAAAUCAUUCAAUUUUUAGGCAGUGGACACUGGGGAGCGUGCCGACACCCCAACUACACUUCGGAAGCGCUCACAUUUUUCACAUUUAGCGCUUUUCAGGGUUUCCCCUCGAUUGCCGCACACUUUCCCGCGUUCUUUGUCAUUUGUUUCCUAACUGCUAGAGCUUUUACCGAUGAGAAUCGAUGUUUGAUCAAGUACGGGCAGUAUUGGGCUCAGUAUUGUUCUAAAGUGAAAUACCGGUUUGUACCAGGCGUGGUUUAG